AUGGCCGCCGAACCUAAGAAAAUGACCGACGCCGAGGUAGACCGCCUCAAUGCAUUGCAAAUGGCCGAUCUGGGCACGGCCCGCCGUGAGCAUAUUUCAACUGCAGAUGACACUCACCGGCAUGUUCAGGCCGAUAUGGCAGCUAUCGAACGGCGCCGACCCUCGAAUAUCGCCGGGACAAUGGAAUACAAGCAAGCUCAAAUGAACAAAAGCUCUUUGGAUGCCUGGACAAAUUUCCAUACGACUGUGACAGACACGGGCACUAGGGAGCAGCUGGAUGAUCUUAUGCAUGGUCAGACACACCGUGCUCAUCUCAGUGCAACGCUGGCAGCGCUGCGUAAACCCGAACUUGCCUGGCAACCUGCAAAUCAGGACGCAAGAGCACGAUCCGUCAGUCAUGUAUCAAACAACCAUCCCUAUCCUCGACCAUCCUCUGGCCGUGGUGGUGGAAUCAUUGGUACAAGAUCGCACCACCAAGUAUCACCUAGCCGGAACGCUACCCGCAUUGGCGGACAUACGGGUACUUUUGACUUUCCAACGAGACAAGACCCUGCCCUGGAUAUCAACAAUCCAGAAGAGGCAACUUCCCGUUCAUUCCGAGGCAGGAGAGUCUAUCGGGCACCCAGCAAGAAAGUCAGCCACACCGGCUUUAGGGCUAGAGUGCCGGAAACCAGGCUGAGAAGGCCCCAGUCGAGCGAUAAUUAUGCUGCACGAUUGGCUCCCCCGGACGACUUCAUGGCCUCAAUCAGGGCACACUCUGGCCCAUAUGCAGUCACGGCAAAGACACCGCCACACCAGCCUCAAAAGGCUAUCCCGAUUCCAAAUAUUGCGACGACUCCCGAGACUGUCAUGGUUCCAAGGCCUGCCAUGACUCCCAAGUCGGACAUCACUGCAAAUCCAGCCAAAGGUCCAAAGCCUGUCGCAAAAUCAUCACUUGAUGAUUCCAUGUAUGCCAUUCCUGCGUCUCCGACUGCAGCUGCAAGAGUCAUGGACAAUAUUCCGGGGUUUCCAAGUCCCAACCGCCGCACGGUGCCUUUCGAAAAGACGGCUGCUUUCAGCAGUCGUGCAAAGGCAGCUCGUUCCAAGCCAGCCGGGAAACCGACUGUUGAGCGACAGGAAAAGAGCAAGGGCGAUGAAACAGCUCCAAGUCUCCUUGAAUUAGGCCAGGAUGUUCAAGAGAGUGCCCAGGCUCAGCUCCGUGACUUGUUGCUCAGCCCGGGCAUUGCUGCAGAUCUUACGGGAAUCACUUUUCCCCCAGGUGAUGAUUCUGCCUCGAGAGAGUACAACUCUAAGUUGCAAGAAAAAUAUGCAGAGAUUUCCCAGACGUUGAAGCAGAUGAUCGAGGAGAUCGAGGGACAACCAGGGUGGCAGGGGGAACAGAUGGAACCUCGCGAGGACUUAUUAAGAAGACUCAAAGAAUCGGAAGCCCAAGCUCGUUCGAUGGCCACGCGUUUUUCUACCCUUGCAAUAGGCCAGGGGGAGUCGCUCGCUAAGCCAAAGGCAGGGCCAAAUCCCCCCACCCUUGAGCGAAUGCAGGCAUUCAAUACUGCAAUGCCAAAGACUGAAGGAACAUCUGCAAAGCCUGAGACAGAUCAGGUUAGCAAAUCCGGUAGCUUUUAUAGCUACCGCACUCCAAAGCGAAGUGCUUCUGGCAGCGGCACUGACUCCUCGAAUGAGAAGAGACAGCGCAGAAUCGAUGCGUCACUUCUAUCGCCGAGCAAGACGGCUCUUGCUUCCGACAUACCUGCCAGGCAAUUCGAAUGUCUGCGCCUUUCUGAGUCUAGCGCUACCCAGAAGUCCCCAAAGGAACCCCUGUCUCUCAUUGACAUGGACGACGACCUGACCCCAACGAAGGAAGCCAUUGUAAAGGCUACUACCAAUCCAACCCUCGGAUUGAUGGAAGAGUCUAUCUUUGCGACUCGUUCUGACAAGGUAGAGAUGAUCAGCGUUCGGCCCUUCCUCCCCUUCGCGUUCAUACACAGCCCCGAGGCUAUGAUGGACUUCCGCACCGCACAUGGCAGCUCCCCAACCACCCAAAACACAUUGAGUCAUACAACUGACGAUCUCGAUUUCCAGGCUCAUGCCACUUCUGAAGAAAACCCAGCCUUGUCCGUCUCCAAGGCUCCACAUGCUCCAACUUCUGGAAGUAUGGCCCAAGUGGUGGCCAGGGCUCAGCGAUCUGCAUUGGUUCAAAGUAGCUCAAACACUUUGAAAGAGGCCUCCGCAAAGGGAUAUUCAUCAGCGGUGGGUCUCAGGUCGUCUCAAGAGCCGACUGAGAAGGCGUCUCGGGCUAUUUCUGGGGGUAUGGACCAGAGCAUAUGGGCUCAUACUGACAAAGGACCUUCGAAGUUUGUCCCCAAGUUACAAAAUCCGCCACAACAGCAUCCUCGAACAAAAUUCAGCUCUUGGCGUCAAGCCGGCAUGCAGUCCACUAGCGCGGAGGAUACACCAGCGCCCAAGAUUUCAUUUCAAGGUCCCGCACCCUACAUGCCUCGGCGCAAGUGA